AUGGCGAGAGCACUCCUGGAGUCCGCAGGCGGCGCGGCAGCGGUGGCGCCGGGCUUCCUGCCGCCGUGGCUCGCGGCGCUCGGCAUGGUAGUGGCGUCGGUCUGGGUCGUCUCGUUCGCGGUGUUCCUCUGCGGCCGCAGCAGCUCGCACGACGACGUCGACGUCCCCAAGAGGAAGCCCGCCGCUGCUGCCACGGCGGCCAGCGGUGGUGGCGGCGGCUGUGGUGGCGGAGGGGGAGGAGGUGGUGGUGGUGGUGGCGGCGGCGGGGGCUGCGGCGGAGGCGGCGGCGGAGGCUGCUAAGUUGGCGGGUUGAUUCAUUCGGUCUUGUGUUGGCAUGCAUGCAUGCACGCGUCACGCGUGGUCAUCUUAGUUAAGUCAGGCCAGUGGUGUUAAUUUCAGGAUUAUGUGUAUUACGACCAUGGUGUUUUUUUUGGCGAUACAACCAUCGUGUUGGUCAGCUGCGGAUUAGUGUUUCGAUUGGUACGUCUUCCUAGAUUAUCUCCAUCGGAGAGUUAUUUGUUCUUGAUUUUCUUAUUUCGGUGCCUCGAAUGUCGACGACCAAAUGUAAUUGAACAAAUGUGUUUGUUGUUAGGAA